AACAGGAACCGCCCAGCAGGCGGACGGCAGACCGGAGCACAGAGCCAUGCUGAUGCACUCUGGACUUAUCAAUCAUCUUUGGAGCUUCAGAGACACACGAGAGGAACUAUCUCUUUUUAACGAUUUUCGAGGAUGAGAAACCUCAGAGCAAAGAUCUUCUUUCUGGCGGGAGCUCUUGGUCUGUUGGCCCUCCAUCUUUUUAAAGAUUUUUUUGACUACAAAACCGCCCGACUCCACGUAGAUGUGAGAGAGAAUGACAGUGAAGUAAGGCGACCCACCACAAAAAAGUCAUAUGUAUACUCCUGGUCAAAAUGUCAACAAAAUGUGAGUGCUGCCAACGUCAGAGACUUCAGCUCUCUUCCUGGUGAAAUAAAAGACUUUCUCUAUUAUCGACACUGUCGCCAUUUCCCCAUGCUGCUGGACCUUCCUGACAAAUGUGGAGGAGCUGAUAAAUCUGCAGAAGUCUUUCUUCUCCUGGUCAUUAAAAGUUCCCCUGUGAACUACGACCGCCGAGAGGUGCUGCGUAAAACCUGGGCUAAAGAGAGGUUACAGAAUGGUGUGUGGAUCCGAAGGCUCUUCAUCUCAGGAACAAUUGAUACUGGUUUUGAGAAGGAGAGACUGAACAAACUACUCGAGCUGGAGAAACGUGAAUACAAUGACAUCCUCCAGUGGGACUUUAAUGAAAGAUUCUACAACCUCACCUUAAAGCAGAUACUUUUCCUGGAAUGGAUGGAAAGGAACUGUCCGAACGCUCGCUUCCUGCUAAAUGGUGAUGAUGACGUCUUUGCCAACACAAACAACAUGGUUGAGUAUCUUCAGAGCCUCAAGGACAAUGAUGGAAGCAAUCACCUCUUUACUGGCCAUCUGAUCCAGAAUGUAGGGCCCAUUAGAAUAUCACAGAGCAAAUAUUUUAUCCCAGUUCAGGUGCAGGAGUCAGACUCAUAUCCUCCCUACUGUGGUGGUGGAGGCUUCCUACUGUCUGGCUAUACAGCUUUGGUCAUAUACAAUAUGUCCCACUCCAUUCCCAUUCUUCCCAUUGAUGAUGUAUACAUGGGGAUGUGUCUGGCCAAAGCAGGACUUGUUCCUGAUUCUCAUAUGGGUGUGAAGACGGCAGGACUGCAGAUUCCCUCCAGCACACUAGAUGGAUACGAUCCUUGCUAUUAUAAAGAAGUUCUUCUGGUACACAGAUUCCUUCCAGCUCACAUGUAUCUCAUGUGGCAGAGAAUACAUGAUUCUAAUCUGAAAUGUGAAAUGUGAAGUCAAGGCUUUAGCAUCACAAAACUCUAACUUACAUGUAGUGACAAAGUUUGUUGGCACUUUGUUUCCUGCACCUGCUCUUAGGUUGUGAGUGCAGGUUUGACUCUCUUCAUUCCAUCAUGAGAACAUCUUUGGACUGUUUUUCUACCACUGUUCGGCUGCAGGCUUCAGCACAGUUCAAUGGAACUUAUUAUUUUAUUCUUUGUCAUCAAUGUGGGCGAGCAGCAGUCAGACUGACUCAAAGGGGCACAGCAGUAGUUAGUGUAGGUGUAUUGCCCACAUACUGUGUGGGUGAGCAACUUUUACUGGAAUUAAAAAUAGGGUUGCUUAGUAUCAGGCUUCAAUGUUGUGGGUUUUGUUUUUCUUUUCUUUUUUGGCACCAAAUACUUAUACCUUCUUAUUGUUUGAUCAGAUACUUUCUGUUUAAAUUAUAUUUUUAUUUUUAUAUUUUAUAAAGUAGCUUUACUGUAUUUAUGCAAACUUCUUGUACACCAUUAUCAAACCAAUACCCAGCUGGUGUAAGUGAUGCAGAGGGAUAAGGUAUGCUGUGGUGUCCACAGUCUUAUACACAAAUAUAAUAAAACUCAGGUUUUCUUAAGACUAGUUUCCAGUUUUCUGUAAUGAAAUUAAAAAAAAUAUUUGAAAUUAAAAAAAAUAUUAAGUAUGCACCUGUAUAUUUGUGCUCAGAAAGAUACUAAUGUAGCUUAUGUUUUUGUGCCUUACAUCAGUGCUUCUCCAACAGAUAUCACUGGAAUUUUGGAUGUACUGUCAAAUCCCCUUUAUAUUUAUAAAACAGUCAGUAAGAACCAUUACAAGGGGUCUCAAAUUUUCAUGUAAGAUUACUGUGUGCUUUCAGGACUUUAUAUAUUGAAAAAAAUUGAUUACCAUGUCUUUUGCCAUUAGUCAAUUGAAGGUACUGAAAUUAAUUUUCCUGCUGCUAAGAAGAGGUAAUAUAUUGUGUGAUUUUAAAAUGAAUGGCUUUGAGGUUACUGUAUAUUGUUUACUGCAUAUAUCAAAAAUAUAUUUAAUAAUAAAUGAA